GCCCCGGCAGCUCGCGCCCCACCUCAGACGUGGCCGGCGGAGGAGGAGCCGGAGCGGCCGUGCCGCGAUGUGGCAGCGGUCGGUGUGCGUGGGCCUGCUGGCCCUGGCGCUGGGCUACCUCUGCCUGCUGGGCCCUGAGCUGGCCCCCUCGGCGCUGCGGCACCUCUCCGCCUCGCUGCUGGGGGGGCUGCGCCGUGCCCGCUCCCUUGAGGCCCGCAUGGUGGCGGCCUGGCAGGCGGCCAUCGUCCGCCCGGCCCGCGGAUGGGCGCGCGUCGCCGUCGGCGUCAACGCCUGCGUGGACGUGGUGCUGUCCGGCGUCAGGCUGCUGGAGGCGCUGGGUCUGGAGCCAGGGGAUGGCAGAAAUCACCUGGUGCUGAACUCCCAGCAGGACCUGAAGGAAGCCUUUGCUCACUUCAUGGGGAAAGGGGCAGCUGCCGAGCGCUUCUUCAGUGAUGCUGAGUCCUUCCAGCACAUCGCACGGACGGCCUCCGAGCACCCUGGGGCACAGCUUUACGUUGGAGGAAACGCUGCUCUCAUCGGUCAGAAGCUGGCAACAAACCCAGACCUGAAGAUCCUCCUUUGUGGCCCUGUUGGUCCUAAACUCCACGAACUUCUUGAUGACAACGUGGUUGUGCCUCCUGAAUCCAUGCAGGAAAGAGAUGAAUUCCAUCUCAUCUUGGAGUAUCAAGCAGGGGAGGAGUGGGGCCAGGUGAGAGCACCCAACGCCAACCGCUUCAUCUUCUCCCACGACCUGUCCAACGGGGCCUUGAACAUGCUGGAGGUGUUUGUCUCCAGCCUGGAUGAGUUUCAGCCAGACCUUGUGGUGCUUUCAGGACUUCACAUGAUGGAGGGGCAGAGCAAGGAGAUGCGGCACAGGCGGCUCCUGGAGGCCGUGGCCUCCAUCUCGGAUAUCCCGACGGACAUUCCCAUACACCUGGAGCUGGCCAGUAUGACUGACCAGGAUUUCAUGAGCAACAUUGUGCAUCAGCAGGUCCUGCCCCUGGUGAACUCCAUCGGGCUGAACGAGCAGGAGCUGCUGUUCCUGACGCAGGCGGCCUCGGGGCCCCACGCCUCGCUGGGCUCCUGGAGCGGCGUGCCCGACGUGGGCGUGGUCAGCGACAUCCUCUUCUGGCUGCUGAAGGAGCAGGGCCGGCCGGCGCAGAGGGCCUCCGACCUCACCCGGGUCCACUUCCACACCCUGGCCUACCACAUCCUGGCCACGGUGGACGGCUUCUGGGGCAACCAGGCUGCCGCCGUGGCGGCCGGCGCCAGAGCCGCGGGGACCCAGGCCUGCGCCACCGAGACCAUCGACGCCAGCAGAGUCUUCCUGAAGGCUCCCCUGGAGUUUGUGACCUCCCAGCUGGAGGCCCCUGCCAGAGUGUCUUUGAACCCUGACGAGCCGGUGGUGAGCUGGCAGAGGGAGGGCAUCUCCUUCCAUUUCACCCCCGUGCUGGUCUGCAAGGACCCCGUGCGGACCGUGGGCCUGGGGGACGCCAUCUCGGCGGAGGGACUGCUCUACUCCGAAGCAUAUCCUCAAUAGAAGCCUGAGAGCCUCCUUCCUCUCCACUGUGUAUGGUGUCCAAUAAGCAGGGACUGGGAUUGCAGCCAGUGGUGGCACUGAGCAAAACCAGGGUGUGCUGUGUUCUCUGGCUGGGACUGAAAGAGCCAAAGAGUAACUCCAGGCAGCAGCUGUCAGACGCAUUCCAGUCGCCUGGGCAGGGGCUCCAGGGCUUCACUUGGAGGUGCACAAUGUGAGAACUGGCUUUGCUUUGUCUAAGGAUGCUGGGAGGGAGAGGAACAUCCCCAGCCCUGCUCAGCCUGGGUGUGCUGGUUGUAACUGAAGGGGCUGUGUGUCUGCCAGCACUGGGAAGUGCAGCAGCCAGGAGAAUUCCCUGCCAGGGAUCCCAGGGAGAGCUCAGCAGCACUCAGCCCUCUCCCUCUGAUAAAUCACCAAUAUUAUCUCCUCACAGCACGUUGCUCUGUGGCAAGGGCUGCUCCUUCUGCUUGCUUGGUGUGAUGAUAGGUGAUGAAACCCUUUUACUGAUGAAAAAUUACCUCUCAGCCUCAGUGCCCCCCCGCCCCCCCCCCCCCCAGCACUGGAGGAAGCCAGAACCCCAAAAUGUGAUGCACACUGUUACCUACUUGACACUUGGAUUAUUUGGGGUCUCUCUAGGACUUAGGGCAUUUAACUGAGCCUGAGUAACUUCAGUUUCUGUGCAGCUGGAAGUGAAGAUAAUCAGGGGUUGUAUUGAGUGAGACAGCUUUAUUUUCUUGCUAGGUAAAGCACAAACCUCUCCCUCUGCUUGCUGUGUGCUGAAUACCAAGAGCUGCAGCUGAGGGGCUCCCAGCUGAGGUGCAGUUUGCCCAUGGUAGGUGCUUGGAUCUGGGUGGGGCUGGAGACUCUCUUUGUUGUUGUUUGAGGAUGGCUGUGCAAUUUUCUGCCCUCCAUUCAGAAGGGCUUCUGAGUUAGAGAAGAUCCCAAAUGUGCAGCAGCAUUUUCCAGGUGAGACUGGAAGAGCUACUUUUAGGGUUUGGGGGUUUGUUGUUUGUUUUUUUAAUCUUUGGGUAGGUCACUGAAAGCUUCUUUGCUCUGACAGCCUUUGACAUUAAAGAAGUACAACUGUGUGUCCUUGGUAAAUGUGUUGCUUAGAUUUUGCUUUCC